GGCUUGGCCACUGAACCUCAUAUCGGUUUGGGUUCAAAAAUAAUAGCUAGUGAACCAAACCGGGUAUGGGCUUCCGAUAACGGUACUUUUACAAUGGGGUUUACUCGGUUAAAAUCAACCAACCGGUUCUUACUGAGCAUUUGGUUUGCAAAACUUCCUGGUGAUCCCGCCAUCGUUUGGUCUCCCAAUAGAAACUCCCCAGUCUCAAAAGAAGCCGUCUUGGAGCUAGAAGCCACCGGAAACCUCGUACUCUCAGACCAAACCACCAUCGUCUGGACCUCAAACACCUCAAACCACGGCGUCAAAUCGGCGGUUAUGUCCGAAUCCGGCAAUUUCCUCCUCCUUGGAACCGAAGUUACCGCCGCUCAGGCCAUUUGGCAGAGCUUUUCGCAACCUGCCGACACUCUCCUACCAAACCAACAGUUAACCGUUUCUCUAGAAUUGACCUCUAAUCCUUCUCCGUCGCGUCACGGCCAUUACUCCCUGAAAAUGCUGCAGCAACACACUUCGCUUAGCCUCGGUCUAACCUACAACAUCAAUCUUGACCCUCACGCAAACUACUCCUACUGGUCCGGACCAGAGAUUUCGAAUGUUACCGGAGAUGUUACCGCCAUUCUUGACGAUACCGGAAGCUUCAAGAUUGUUUACGGAGAAUCCUCUACAGGAGCAGUGUACGUCUACAAGAAUCCGGCAGACGAAAACCGGAACUAUAACAAUAGUAGUAAUUCCCGGUUAACGAGAAAACCGAUUCUGCGGAGAUUGGUACUAGAGGACAACGGUAAUCUCCGGUUGUACCAAUGGGACAACGACAUGAACGGUUCAAGCCAAUGGGUACCGGAAUGGGCAGCUGUAUCAAACCCGUGUGACAUAGCCGGGACUUGCGGUAACGGAGUAUGCAAUUUGGACCGAACCAAGAAACACGCCGAUUGUUUCUGUUUGCCCGGUUCGGUUAAGCUUCCUGAUCAAGAAAACGCUAAACUCUGUUCAGACAACUCAUCUUUGGUCCAAGAAUGUGAGAGCAACAUCAAUCGUAACGGUACGUUUAAGAUCUCGACGGUCCAAGAGACCAACUACUAUUUCUCAGAACGUUCUGUUAUCGAGAAUUACAGUGAUAUCGGGAACGUGAGGAAGUGCGGUGAUAUGUGUUUGUCGAAUUGCAAAUGUGUGGCUUCGGUUUAUGGUUUAGAUGAUGAGAAGCCUUAUUGUUGGAUUCUAAAGAGUUUGAAUUUUGGCGGUUUUCGAGAUCCUGGUUCGACCCUUUUCGUGAAGACUAGAGCCAAUGAGUCAUAUCCCUCGAAUUCGAAUCAUCAUGGUAAUGAUUCUAAGUCGCAUGGGAGCCACGGAUUGAGACAAAAGGUUCUGGUGAUUCCUAUAGUUGUGGGGAUGCUUGUGCUUGUGGCACUACUUGGGAUGUUGCUAUACUAUAACGUAGAUAGAAAAAGAACACUAAAGAAAGCUGCAAAGAACUCGCUGAUCCUCUGUGACUCCCCUGUGAGUUUCACUUACCGCGAUCUUCAGAACUCUACUAACAAUUUCUCUCAACUUCUUGGAUCAGGUGGAUUUGGAACAGUAUACAAAGGAAUAAUAGCGGGUGAAACGCUGGUCGCGGUAAAGAGAUUAGACAGAGUAUUAUCACACGGCGAGAGAGAGUUCAUCACUGAAGUCAACACCAUUGGUUCAAUGCAUCACAUGAACCUCGUUCGCUUGUGCGGUUACUGCUCCGAAGACUCACACCGGCUUCUAGUUUAUGAGUACAUGAUUAAUGGUUCGUUAGACAAAUGGAUAUUCUCUUCUUCGGAUCGGACUGCGAGGCUGCUUGAUUGGCAAACACGUUUUGAGAUAGCGGUGGCGACUGCUCAGGGGAUCGCAUAUUUUCAUGAACAGUGUCGGAACAGGAUUAUUCACUGCGAUAUUAAACCUGAAAACAUUUUGUUGGAUGAAAAUUUUUGUCCUAAGGUAUCGGAUUUCGGGUUGGCAAAGAUGAUGGGAAGAGAGCAUUCGCAAGUGGUUACGAUGAUAAGAGGGACGAGAGGGUAUUUAGCGCCAGAAUGGGUGAGUAAUCGCCCCAUCACAGUGAAGGCUGAUGUGUAUAGCUAUGGAAUGCUUCUUCUUGAGAUCGUUGGUGGUAGGAGAAAUCUUGAUAUGUCCUUUGACGCUGAGGAUUUUUUUUACCCUGGAUGGGCUUACAAGGAACUAACGAACGGGACGGCCUUGAAAGUUGUGGAUAGAAGGCUUCAAGGAGUAGCAGAGGAAGAAGAAGUAGUAAAAGCCCUUAAAGUGGCUUUUUGGUGCAUACAAGACGAAGUAUCUGUGAGGCCGUCGAUGGGAGAGGUGGUGAAGCUUCUAGAAGGUUCUUCGGACGAGAUAAACCUGCCGCCAAUGCCGCAGACGAUUCUAGAACUUAUAGAGGAAGGACUGGAGGAUGUGUAUAGAGCGAUGAGGAGAGAGAUUAAUAAUCAGCUUAGCUCUUUCACUGUUAAUACCAUCACAACCUCUCGGAGUUAUCUUUCCUCCUCUCGGUCUCAUGCUACUUGUAGUUACUCUUCAAUGUCUCCUAGGUAGUUUUGUUUUUUUAAUAGUUUGGGAUCAUUUCUCCUUUUCUA